UCCAAUACCAAAACAAACGCUCCUCCGCCUCCUAUCUCUUCUCCAUACCAUCUCUCUCUCUCUCCCCCCCUGAACUCGUCCCACAUUCUCCGCCAUUACCCACCCAAACUAUCCAUGAAGAACCUUAUAAGGAGACUAUCACGAGUGGCGGAUUCCUCCCAAUAUUGUCAACUGAGAUCGGAAUCCGGGACCACCACCACCACGUCUAAUUGUUCAUCAUCAUCGUCGUCGUCGUUUACGAGAGCAAGAAAGCAGCGGCGAGGUGGGGCCGGAGUGCCGGAGGGUCACUUGCCGGUGUACGUGGGAGAGGAAAUGGAAAGGUUCGUGGUGAGCGCGGAGUUGUUGAACCACCCGCUAUUCGUCAACCUCUUGAAUCAAUCGGCACAGGAGUACGGUUACCACCACAGAGGCGUGCUUCGUAUUCCUUGCCAUGUCUUCGUCUUCGAGCGAGUCCUCGAGGCUCUUCGUCUCUCCCCCCAUGACUACUCCCACCUUCAACAUCUUUUCAACUCUUUCUCCGAUCAAGACCUUCUCUAGCCAAACGUACAUCAACAGUAGAUAUAUAUAUAUACGUACAUAUAUUUUGUUUGGUUAAGUUAUAGGGAGCCAGCCAGCCAGCCGGCGUUGGUUGAAGAUUACCGAGAGAGAGAAAAGGGGAGAGAUAUAUCAUAUAUAUACUCCAAUUAAUUAAUUUAGGGCAGGCUGCAGGUAAUUAGAGAGUGAGAUAGAGAAUGAAUUAGCGCGGAGGAAGUCAGAUCUGAGACGAUCUACAUAGAUAUAGAUGGAUCGUCCGUGUGGUAUAAUCCAACACUUUCUCUUCUUCUCUUUUGUUUUGUUUUGUGUACAUACGCUGUGGUGUCAUCGUUCAAAGGACAAAAAAUGGCAGCGAGUUUGGAGUUUU